GUGCUCCUGUUAACAAUUUUUUAAAAUCCCAGCUAAAAUGAAGCGUUUCUAGCCGUUCCAAUAAUGUUGGUAAAGCUGUGCAUCUCAAGCAGGAAAUAUAAAGAGACGCUUAAGGCUCCGUUGCGACAUCUUGCCGCGAAUAUGCGAGUAUGUAAAUAGCAUGGCCACACGAGGACAGCUGUCAAAAGUCUGAGAACGAGUGUUCUGGCACGCUAAGAAUCUCAGGAUCAUUCAGAGUUCCCGUGAUUACCGUUCUGGAUUACAGAACAGGGUAACAAAAUGUUGACGGCGGCAGCAAACACGCUGUCCAACAACGGCGGUUCCUACAGCAACGAGAGACCGUCUAGCGCGGGCGACGCGGAUCUUGCAACGGAUCCUGCCUCCGGUGGAUUCUUCCAUUCUGAUUAUAAGAAACAUGAGGAUCUGAAGGAAAUGCUAGACAGUAACAAGGAUGGGCUUAAAUUGGAAGCUAUGAAACGAAUAAUUGGGAUGGUAGCCAAAGGAAGGGAUGCAUCAGAAUUGUUUCCAGCUGUUGUAAAAAAUGUAGUGUCUAAGAAUAUUGAGGUAAAGAAGUUGGUGUAUGUUUACCUAGUUCGUUACGCAGAGGAUCAACAGGACCUUGCUCUGCUCUCUAUUUCAACAUUCCAAAGAGCUCUGAAGGACCCCAACCAGUUAAUAAGAGCAAGCGCUUUGAGAGUACUGUCCAGCAUAAGAGUUUCCAUGAUAGUACCUAUUGUAAUGCUUGCCAUUAAAGAUUCAGCUAGCGAUAUGUCACCGUAUGUAAGAAAAACAGCUGCUCAUGCUAUCCCUAAAUUAUAUUCAUUGGAUCCUGAACAAAAAGAAGAGUUGAUAAGUGUACUUGAAAAAUUGCUCUCUGAUAAAACUACUCUUGUGGUGGGUUCAGCAGUGAUGGCUUUUGAAGAAGUGUGUCCAGAAAGAAUAGAUCUUAUCCAUAAGAAUUAUAGAAAGUUAUGUAACUUGUUGGUGGAUGUUGACGAAUGGGGCCAAGUAGUUAUCGUUAAUAUGCUCACCAGAUACGCUAGAACACAAUUUGUUGAUCCAAAUGUGGAUACUGUAGACGAAGAUAACAAUCGGCCAUUUUACGACUCUGAUUCUGAUUCUUCCAAUACAAAGAAACCAAAGUUUACAUUAGAUCCCGAUCAUCGUCUGCUGUUGAGGAAUACGAAGCCUUUGUUGCAAAGUCGAAACGCAUCUGUGGUAAUGGCGGUCGCUCAGUUGUAUCAUCAUGCAGCACCUAGAAGUGAAGUGAUGACUGCUGCAAAGGCACUAAUAAGAUUGCUGAGAGGACACAGAGAAGUGCAGAGUAUCGUGCUUCACUGUAUUGCAAGCAUAUCAAUUACAAGAAAGGGAAUGUUUGAACCCUUCUUGAAAUCAUUCUUUGUGCGGACCUCUGAUCCCACUCACAUCAAACUUCUGAAACUCGACAUAUUGACGAAUUUGGCAACUGAAACCAGCAUCAGUGUGAUACUGAGAGAGUUUCAGACAUAUAUCUCCAGCAGUGACAAGGAAUUCGUUGGUGCUAGUAUUCAGGCAAUCGGUAGAUGCGCAAGUAACAUCAAAGAAGUAACUGAUAUGUGUCUCAAUGGAUUGGUGUCGCUGUUAAGCAACAGAGAUGAGGCCAUUGUGGCGGAAAGUGUUGUAGUAAUAAAAAAGCUCUUGCAAACGCAACCAAACGAACACAAGGAUAUAAUUGCUCACAUGGCUAAGUUAAUGGAUUUCAUCACAGUACCGCAAGCUAGAGCUUCUAUUCUGUGGCUUUUAGGCGAAUACUCCGAUAGAGUUCCUAAGAUAGCGCCGGACGUGCUUCGAAAAAUGGCGAAGAGUUUCGUGAACGAGCAAGAUAUAGUGAAACUGCAGACUUUGAAUUUGGCCGUAAAGUUAUGCUUAAACAAUCCCACGCAGACAAAGCCGUUCUGCCAGUACGUCUUCCAACUCGCCAAGUAUGAUCAGAAUUAUGAUAUCAGAGACCGUGCGCGUUUUCUACGGCACUUUAUUUUUGAGGACGAAAGUGGUGCGAAAAAGAAGCUUCCGCAGUUUGCGAAGAGGAUUUUCCUCGCUCCGAAACCGGCGCCGACUUUAACAUCCAGAUUUAAGGACUCGGAAUACCAAUUGGGCACUCUAUCUCAUUAUCUGGAUAUGCCGUGCGCGGGUUACCGGCCUUUGCCACCCUUCCCAGACGUGACCCAAGAUCCAUCUGUGCGUGACGUAGCGCCGCCAAUUGUGCAGGAACACAGAGAAGAGCGACACAGCAGAAAAGAAAAGGAGAAGAAGAAGAGCAAGGAUAAGAAGAAAUCGUUCUAUAGCGAUGAGGAGAGCACUCCUGCUGAUGAAUCAGAGAAUCAAUCGUCCGAUUCUUCGUCCAACGACUCGUCAGACGAAGAUAGCGAUUCUUCCGAAUACACGAGCGAGUCGGAUAAAUCUGAGACAGGCAGCGGAAAGAAGAAUGAAACAAAAUCCGACGAUUCCGAGAGUGAAUCGUCGAGCAGCGAAGAGUCGGAUUCUGAAGAGCAAGAGAGCGAGAGUGAAGAGAGUGAAGAGGAGAAACCGAAAGUUGUCAAGCAAGAAGUUAAGGAACAAGAAAAGCCUAAAAGCAAUUUUGACCUACUGUUGGACCUCGAUGAUGUUGUUCCGAUGACUCCUGUGAUGACGCCUAGUUUGGGUGGCUUUCUCACUCCAAUUAAUCCAACGGUCGUAGAUAAUGUCCGAGAAGUAUCGACAUCGUACGUUCCGAUGAAAAAGACUACGUUAUUGAACAAUAUCAUGGGGCAUGGUUUGAAAAUUGAGUAUAGGUUUACGAGAUCGCAGCAUUUAGUUAGCUCUAGUUUGAUUAAUAUCGAAUUGACGUUCUCUAACGAAAGUAACGACGUCAUUAAGGAGAUCCAAAUAGGAAGUAAGAACUUACAAAAAGGAAUGCUUAUCCAUGACUUUACGAUGAUAUCGUCGCUUGACGCGAGCGCCACGUUAUCUUCUACGCUAGGUGUCAAUUUUAAUGAUUCCACUCAAUCGGCGAAUUUCAAUAUUGACUUUACGAUCAACGACGAGAAAUACUCGUGUCCGGUCAGCAUCAAACCACCAAUCGGAGAGAUAAUAAGAUCCGUGACCUUGCCUGAAAGCAUGUUCGAUGCGGAGAAAGCCAAAUUGAAAGGUAUGAACGAGCACAUAGCGAAAAUACCGUACUCUGGGAACAAAAAUGCUCUUCCUCAGAAAGUAUUCGAGACUGCUAACGUCGCGAAGAUACCCAGUGAGGAGGAAAUUAUGCAAUUUGCUGCUCACACUUUAGCGUCCAAAUCAUUGGUGUUGGUGACAAUAAAAUUCCUUGACGACGACCAAUUGGAAGUUUGCGUGAAUUGUGAAAAAAUGGUUAUAGGAUCGAUCUUGUUGAACGAACUUAAAAGUAACUUGAAGUGAAGCGGGUGCAUGCUGUUGGUGACAUUAGUAAUACAGAUGCGUUUCAUUUACAUACGUGAGACAGAAAAGUUUUAAACACUCCAUCUAUCCUUAAAUGAAGGUAAAUCAUAUUCAGAUUUACAUAUUCUACUUAUCAUUUCUACAAAUAUAAUAUAUAAUUAAUUGGGAAUAUAUAUUGUGCAUUUCUCUCUGGAUAAAUAUAUAUGUAUAUGUAUGCAUAUAUAGGUAAUGUACAAUUGCAAUUUAUAUAUUGUAGCAAAUAUAUAAAUAUCCUGUUAUGCCAUCGCGAUGGCUUUUAUAAUAAAUUCUAAUUGCUUUUUGUCA